AUGUCUUUGCAAACUGUCGUACUUCGACGCCUCCAGGUAGGCAGCUGCGCCUGAUCUAGGCCACUAACAAUGAAGCCAUGUGGAGGAAAACGAAGAACGUGCUUAAGCCACCUCACCCACCGUUAUUGGACAGCCUGUGAUAUCCUCGUGAUGUUGUUUCAACGCUUGCAAACUGUCGCAUUCAAGGCCAAUUUAGUGUACUUCGCUUAGGCAUCGGUAGUCAAUCACUUCCAGCUGUCCAUCUUCCACGCGCACAGCCUAACACUCAUAAACCCACGCCAUUACUAUUUAUGCUUGAUGCAACUGUAGUCUUGAUCUAUAUGAUGUUACGGAUUGUGAGUGUCCAUGCGGGACAGUCUGCGGCGGACAAUCUUUGGAGCUGAAUUUACUGUCUCCGCGCGACAAAUACUGAAAACCAAGGAUUCCACAACCGCUAUGUCCCGAUGAAGUGUGAUGACUCAGGUGUUGAAUCGACCUCUUCAACGCCUUCGGGUGGACAAUAGUGUCAGAUGAGAUACGACAAAAUUAAAUUCUUUGAGCGGACAACAAGGGAAAAUCUCAAGUCAUUUCAGUCGCCCUUCUUGGAUGGCGUGAGAGAUCCUCUCGAUGUUGCCGCGAACGCGAAUCGUUUCAUCCGAGAUUUUCCAUGUAGUUCGCUCAAAGGAUGGUUCUAGGACAGCGGUUUUCAAAUACCUCUGAUUUCUCUCUCCUUCCCACUGCCCGACACUCACAGUCGUAUAGGACUGACUGGACGCAUACCAGGUACAGGCGAAUUUUUGUGGCCUAGAGAUGCCCUGUUGGGUUCAUGUACACUUACUAAGGACUGUGAAAACUCCGCAAGCAGCGUCGAUUCGAGGGAUAAUGUCUUUCCGACCGUGUCCACUCACCAGCAGCCUCGCCCGAGAUAGUUGAAACUCUACUUCUUCAAGCCACCGACCUUUAAUCUCAAGGGCUGUCAUCUCCUGGUAAGGGAUGUGGCUUCGAACCAUUUUAGUCCUGCCAGCUUUUAUGGAUAAACAGACCGAUUUGUCUGCACCAUUCACCCGCGUCAGCACAGUUUGCAGGUCAGCAAGACAACAUCAGCGUAGUCGAGAUCAGCCAGCGGGCACCCUGGUGCAAAUUCAGCACCGAAAAAUCGUGUAGGACCCUUACGUAAAUACGGUCACUGUCGUAGUUGGGGGGAAUUUGAAACAGAAUACAUUUGUCAAACGCCAAGCUGAAUAUCGGGAAGGGAUAUCGGAAUAUCUGAGAAGGAUUUAUGUGGGCCACAACUCGUGUUGUAGGGCUGCGAUAAUACGUAGACCUUAAUCACGACGAGGAUUUUUCCCGGCCCACCGUAUUAUCCCAUUAUUCGUCGCAGUAGCUCACAAAGGGCAGGGACGAAAUGAACAAGGUAGAUGACCGUCGAUUGCUGGUAGCGAUGGCCAAGUUCAAGAAUACGCCGGAAUGUAAGUAUCUGGUCGGUACAUCCCCUUCAUGUUCGAAACCCGGCUUUAUUGGGUUUCAUCCUCGGCUCAUGUACACUGAAGUCGCCUGAUGAUGGCAACAGUGAAGACCUUUGUAACAACGUCGAUGAGGCUUAUGCCCCGACAGUUCUCACACUUUGUCUUAUCUCCCCAGUCACCACAAACGAACUCGCCUCCCCACCGUUGUCAACAGUGGGGAUUUCGUCCUCUUUGGAUGGACUGUUUGAAGACUCUCCAGACUCAGUAUAGUCACCGCGGUUCUCGUCAACAAUUAGAUCGCGGUAAGAGAGUCUUCCAGCGAAUUCUUGCAGUUGUGAAAAGAGGGUUCCUUUGUCGCACUGGCCGGCAGCCGAUGUUGGCGCGUACACAAAUAUGACCCUCCACACACACAGAGAGAGACGGGGCAUGGUUUUGUUGCGGGAGAGCGAUCCGUACAGCGUAUCUAUCAGAAGAGUCGUGUGGGGAGCUGUGGUGUAGGGUAAAGUGGGAGUGGUCUUACUGGACAACUGAGUCUAAGAUUCGGACUUCAGGAGGGGAUCAGACGUUAACAUGCUACAAGUGAAGACUGUGCCACCGGACUUUGGGUACCAGGGUUCAGGAACGUUCGCGCAGUCCAGCAUUCAAUGUCGAAUCUGUUCUCGAUUGGGUAGUACAGACCACAUGCUGGUAUCCCGCACCACUGGGCCGGGGUUCCAAAGCGCGCCGGUUUCUGUGGAUGUCGUAGCAUGGAUCGUAAUACUUAUGUCGGACAUUUCCAUAAAGGCCCUUAGGACUUUUAUGCGCAGACGAGUUGUUCGGAUCGUUUCUUCGAGGUUGUCUGCUCCAGUUCUGUGGCUCAAGAACCUGACCACAAGACGACCUUGGAGAGCAGACUUAUUUGAUGGUGGUUUACGAUCGCCAUGUCAUGUGGCAUCAGGCGUGCCACACCUCAGCCUUCAGCGUCCCAACAACACAAUUGAUGCUGUUCCACGACCGCUUGUUCAUCAGACCAGUGAGUCGGCUUAUUUCGCAGCUGACCUUUGCUGACGGCCGUUCCAUUAUCCGCCACCUGUGGACUCUCCGGGUAUUUGGCAGCCGGACUAUCGGGUAACUCGUCUUCGGAGCUGUCAGCAAGCACCCGGCUGGUGGGUUUUGGGCCGUGCGGACUGUUGGGUCUGCUUGACGUUUGCUGCGCCCACGCGACCGAUUUGUGUAGACAAGGUUUCGACGCGUCUUCUACUGCAAUUGGAUGCUGCCAUUCUGGCCUACAGUAGCUCAUCAUUUGACGUACGCUUCGAAGGUCUUCUUGCCUUCCAUGCGGUUGCCAAAACCAAACAACUGUUCGGGAACGAAGACGUUCACAACCUUACUAUUUCCUUUUCCAAACCAUGCUUUAAGAUGCUAUUUCACUGUAUAUUCAGACGCCGACUCGUUCAAUCUCUGUCAAACCAUCGAGAUAGAUUAGGGGUGUCGGCUUGUACUUUUCUUGAGUGCGCAGGACUCGAGUAGCUAAGAGCAAUAAGGCUAGAUGUCGCUGUCAGUUACCUCGAUUAGCCGUCCUGAAACGGUCUCGUUAAGGUAGUUCUCGAACCAAUUUUCCAGAGAUCCUGUUAAUUUGCCCGCCAGGACUGCUUGUGCUUUAGGAACAGUGAAAUCCCUAUAUUGAUCUUGUCUCCCAGGACAAUGUACUGAACGACUUGCUCACAUUGGAUGACCGCUAUUGCUGUGUGCCAGUGACUUACCUCUAAUGUUGUUUUCUGUUUUAGUUUGGAAGCUGCUAUCACCCGUUUAACCUCAAGGUUCUUCAUAAGUGCAGAAUUCUUCCUUUGGGCAAGUCUACUAUCUGCCUUCUGACGAAAAUAGCACCAUGUCACGCUCUCUCAUAGAGAAACAUGGCCCUUCAUCCAAAGUCCCAGGUCGUAUUUGCGGGGCUUGACAUCUCCUUCAACUGUUGUCACUUAAUGUUUCAUGUUUCCUUCUCAGAUUAGCUUGUUCUCCAAGACCGUUUGCUUCUGAUAUAAGUGGACACGCAGCAGCUCGUAUUUACUGUUUAUUGAAACUUCGAUGAUUUGAACGUGUGGUUUCUGUCGUACUCACACGAACUCUGUGGUCUACGUAGAGCACAGUUCCACCUUAUCCAAGCCAUUACUGCGCCAGUAAUAACAGAGCUGCUCUAAUAAAGAGGGAGCUACUUCAUAUAAUUGACGUUCUUAUCUUUCGAGGCCACCAAACAUAAUAUCAUCUGACCGAUAUCGUCUUAGCGUUCCGUUCUAACGAUUCCUCAUUGUUCUAAUGUUACUGACCGUAUUUCAGUAACACUGGCGUCUUAUUGUAUAAUUAUCCCGAGUCCAGUCAAUGUGAAUGUUGGCUCCAAGUCGUCUCCCUCAGAAACUGAGAUCACACCAAUAUUCUGCAGCACAGUUGUUCAGAGACUGACCACUGGACAACAGAUUUGUCGGUAAUAUCAUUCUGCUUAUAUCAUACGCCGCUGUGCGGCUGCCGGUUGGGCACGAGAGAGAGUCCAUAAUGCACAACGGAACGAGUGAGUUCCGUAAGAACGAUCGGUGAGCGCCCCCUACCACAUUUAAUAAUGUUAACAAUUCGUUAUCUGACCGGUUUUCGGAAGAAAUAUGCAGCUGUUUGAUGUUUCUAAUUUCAAAUUUCUGAUACAAUUUCCUUCCAUGUAACAAGCAGGCAUUUCAAAGGUUCAACACGUACGUUUCCCUCCAAUAAAUUAAACUAAACUGAAAAGGAAACUGAAUGCUCCCCACUUGUUUCAACCCAACUCUAUUAAAAACCUUUCUCAACUCAUGGCAUUCUGUCUUACACCUAAAUGACUUAUAUUCUUCUUAAAGCAGUUCUAAAUUUCAUCCUGUCUCACUAAAGCCCGCUUUCUGUUUUUAGAUCUGAAUUCACGCACGCCUACCACAACCACACUCACGGCUGAUAAAACAAAUGGUCUGUUGUUGUUGGUUUUAUUUGUGUUUGGCCGUAUUUCCCCUGCUUAUCUCCAGGUACUGACUAAUCGGAAGUAAACUUGAUCUCUGGGAUAAGCAGUUUGUUUGUUCGGUGUUUUGGAGUCACGCUCGCAAGUCUCUGCGUAGGCGGUGCCAGGACAAAAUAUUGAGGGGGAGGGGGGUCAUUGCGUUUGUCAGACAACUGAGAACCGGAGAACCAUGACUCAAGGAGUUCGCGGCUCACGCGGUUGUCACCUCUUGCGAGAAUUUCGGCCGUACUAAACUUUAAGCUGUGGCCGGACCCCGUCGAAUAAGCCGCGACCUGAGAGCUAUUGUCCUUUCUCCUUACUGCCGCCGCAUUUUCGGCCAUCCGCGUCCGAAGAAAUCUCUUAGUUUCUCUGACGUAUUUGCUUUGUUUGCAGCCGCACCAGACUCCGUAAACGACUCCAGACGUUUCCUAGCAUUACAGUGGAUCUUUCGGUCUCAUUACUUGGCGCCCGAUAGUUGCAGGGGUAACAACUGCGUAAGACGCGAACUCCUUGAGUCAUGGUUCUCCGGCCCGCAGUCGUCUAACAAACGCAAUGACCCCCCCCCCCGCCUCAAUAUUUUGUCCUAGCACUGCCUACGCAGAGUAGUUAGCCACGCGGGAAGGGUGCAGGCGACCAACAGUCCCGGCGACAACGGGCCAAAUUGCCGAUUAAUUAUUACGCCAAUAAUAAACAACGGUAACUAAAUUGCGAAAGCUAACGAAUGGUGGCGGACCAACAGGCAAUGAUCACAUCAAAUACGGGCCCAAACGAUGAACGCGAGAGCCGUUAGAUAUAGUAGGUAUAUAGUGAGAUGGCAACUGCGCCCUGCAAAUAUUACACUUAUUGUCCCUCCACCAGCCUUACUUGCAGCUGUCUCUGAUGAUGGAUUCGAGAGAGAAUCCGAAGCGCCAGACCAAUAAGCUUCUUGUUCCAGCGAUCACAUUUUUUUCUGGACUGCAUCCUGGAACUUACCUCUUUGCUUCUGGCGUCAAUUGCGUCGAUUAAUGACGCGGAUGUGACCGACCAACUAAUUGCGGUCUCGAUUGGAAACAUCCGUAGUGAAUGUGAGGUCAUUUAACUCUAUUAGGGAUGUGAUUGUUUGGGGUAUGUCUGUAAGCACUGCACAACCUGUGUCCGCUACUUCCAUUUGUUGCUGUUUCAGAUGACGGAUUUCAGCAUCAAUUUGGGAUGGGAUGCGAAUACAGUUACUGGUCCAGCGACCGAGUUUACUUCUCAACCAAUCUUUCGAACUAGCGCUUUUGCCUUGAUCGUAAAAAAUUCUCGUCUUUCUUUCCCAAGGUUUGUCUGGGCUUUUAGCUAAUACCUGUGUUGUUAGUAUGGUAAAUCAUCGCACAAUUCUAUACUACUGGCUGUCUGUUGGCGGGUUGUGAAUAUUAAGCGGUUAUUCCGCAGUAGCUGAUGGAUUUCAGCUCAAAUAUUCAUCUCAAAUUUCGGACCGUGCCUGAAAAGGUCCGUUUCGAAAGAAUUACUCCAAGUUCGCGCAUUACUUUCCUUGGACAUUAAACAAGGCAAUAAGAAACUGUGCUUAUCUAGAAAUUCCACACUGCCUUUCGCGGCUACCCUUCCUGCGGACGUAGAAGGACGCGCAUUCUCUUUGGCCUGAUCUCUGUGUGCUCAUGCCGAAAAGUCAGUAGUCAGAAUAUGGUUAUUCGAAAGCGUAUGUACGCCGCGUCGUAGUCAGAAGUCCACAGCACAGAAUGGGUUUCAAUAUAUACGCAGUCAAGCGAAUCACUAACACCUGUUUAACACUAGGCUCAGGCAAAACUAAUGAGAUUUGCCGCGUCAUUGUCCUCAGAACGCAUAUGCCAAUGAACCUUUUCUGACAGACUGCUGAGUUAAACGGCUUAUCGGAAAUCGGAUGGUUGCGCGGUCGGCGACCACGUCCAGCUGUCCUCACUUGCAGGAAUGUCCUUGGCGCAUGGUGGACGCGUCGGGUUUAUCUUAAUGUGGCUAACUGACAGAGUUCCCUCCUCACUCCAUCUCUGUAUUUCUGACUUUCUACUGUUAAUAUCCCUUUCGCAUGAUCAUCUGGACUAAUCAGUCUCCCUUCCUCAAUUCCGCCCUUUCACUUUAGCAGUACUCCUGACCAGAACGGCCUAAUGUUUUUGUAGAUAAGAAGGACCAUUGCCACAAGGUCACCUCCAAGGAACCCUUAGUGGCCGUCUGGCGCCCGCUAGAAUUGUGGUGCCCCAUCUGCCAGGAAAACGUGACAACUAAGACCAUUUUUAAAAGCGGGGCUUGUACCUGGUUGGCUUGCACCGCUACGUUUUUCCUUGGGUAAGGUUUUUUUUUGCAUUAAUUUCCCUCCCUAUCAACGGCUCUUAUUCACUAUCCUGUAUCUUUGUUUGCUAGUAGUACGUCCAAGAUCGCCCUCUGAACCUAAACUAACUUCAUGGCCUUACUCCUGCCAGCAUGCGUGUAGAAACUGGUGUUCAGAGAGGCAGUACUUCUGCCUAUUUGUUCCAGCCAGCUUGUCGCUCGUCCCAAGAAUGCGCUUAGUAGAUUUGAAUGUAGCUGUCGCCUGUGAUUUGUCCUAAAACGCGACCACUGACGUUUAUCAUUUUUAAAAUUUGUGACGAUUUCGAGUCAUUUCAGUUGCCAUUGUUGAUGUUGAGACAGCUCUAGCCCUUUUCUUCAUUGAGCCCGUCCAUGUUCGCAGCUGUUCGCCUCAAAUUUGACAAGUAUGUUGCAUUUAAGGCAGGUCAGUGCGAUUAUUAUCGAGAUCGGCAGAAGACACAACUAAGCCAAGGAUCCGCCAUUUGCCUUUGAAUCUAGGCAUUCUUAUGCAUCAAGUCGUAAUGGUGCCACCAGGUCGCGUAGGUAAAGGCAUGACUGCGUGCACCAUCGGUCAAAAAUUUCCGGUUUAUACCGCGUACAUCCCAGGCUUAUAGACUGUUCCCCUAUAUGACCCUUAAACCCGAAAUACAAGUCUUCACAGUAGAAUAAAAACCAUACGAGAAAACUUGAAGUACACGUGUUUUAAUGCACUCUAGCCUAUGUAACCUCCCCAGCAUAGUUCACAACCUCAAUCCUGGAUCUGAGCUUCUUGCAGCUGUUUUUGAUGCACCCACAGAUAUUGAAUUAGACCUCUGACGGAGGGCUUCAAAGCGUUGAAGUUGGUGUGGUCAAAUUCGCUAGCCUUAGCCUGAACAAACGCCUAAGUUACAAAAUCUAAGGGAUAAGUUCCAAGAAGCUUAGGAGCCAAAGCUCCUGACCAAAUGAUAUGUUUUGCAGACAGCUUCUGCACAAACUUUGGGUCUGCCAAGGACCCCGUCACACAUCGUGACCACGUUGGAAUUGACCAGGAAGUUGGCCUGGAUCCUGGACUUCGCUCUGUCCCAAGUAUUAUUUUCUUCUCACUCGAACUUUUUCUUGAAGAUGGGAUGGCGUUUUAAGACUGCAUGAGGCUAGGCAACCCUACACGAUCAAUUAGGAGGGAUGGCUGGAUUUUUCUGCAGUCUUGCUGUGUUCAGGACCAUCCUGCGAGCGCGGAGUUCUUACUGUCGACCGUGAACGAACAUUUCCCAUCCUUGCAGUGAGCAAACGCUUAGGCCUGAAACCUCUAUGGUGGUCCGCUCUUGUUUUGUUUCAUUUUCCCUGACAAUAACCUCACUUGUCUUGAGCCCCUUGGGCACUCUCCUCCUGAACUUCUCUUGAUUCGACCAACAUAUGAGAUGUUCACGGAACUGUUCCUGUCUAACUCAUUAUCUUCGAUUGAUGUGUCCCGACACCCGCGGCCGUUUCUUCUGCACUAAGUCGACUGCUUCAGCAUGCUGUCCGGAAGGGACAGUCGCGUGGAAGGAGGCUACGAUCCCCUCUCAUAGCUUCCCCAAUGACGUGCAAGGCUGGAUCCUUACAGAUGUCAUCUUAAUUUAGCUGUCAAACUUAUUUUAAAAGCAGAAAAGUUGAACGCAGCCGGACCUCUUUUUAAGGUUAAUCUAAAUGCUUGGCAUAGACCUGCAACGUGUCCUCAUGUGUCCUUUGAUGAUGUCAAACGUCGGCCUUUACUCCGGGGGGAGGGGGUGUGCCACUGGCACAUGCGAUACGUCCGAUGUCCCCUUGGUGCGACCGGUGCAUUAACACCUGUCAACAGCUCCGUACUUCGUAUUUCCUUUGGGGCACUGUCUUUGCUAGAUAAGACUGCAAACUACAGAGGUUGGAACUUGGUUUUUGUUUUGGCGCCGAGGUUUUGGUCUCGCUUCAUUCUUCUGCUGCGGAUCCAAUUGUAUGCAGAACUCUGCCCCACCAAUCUAGCAACCCCUAAGCUUCCACCGUUGUUCGAUUUAUAUUUUAGCGGGUGCUUUGGCUGCUGCCUCAUUCCAUUCUGUUUGGACUCUUGCAAGGAUGUUUUUCACAGGUGUCCAAAUUGCAACUUCACCAUGGAGUCUUUUAAACGCAUUAAAUGA